AAAUGUUUCUGGUUUUGUCUUAAAAGGUAAAGCAACAAAAGGAAAGGGUUUCCAUAGUUCUUUUUUUCUUCUUCUCCAUUGAAGCUUGAAGAGGUUCGCAAACACCAAUAAGAGAAAAAGCUAGCUCCUCGAACUGAACUUGAAGCAGAUGAAACCGACGCCUGGCGGAAGCGGCAGCUCUAGUGGUGGUGGUGGUGGUGGUGGUGAAUUGAGUCGAGGUGGACUCGCUCGGUUCCGCUCGGCUCCAGCCACCUGGUUAGAAGCACUUCUUGAGGAAGAAGAAGAGGACCCUUUAAAGCCUAACCAGUGCUUGACACAGCUACUCACUGCCAAUUCAACAACACCUGCCACUAGAGAUUCAGGGCCUUUCUCCAGCUCAGCUGAUCCAGCUGGGUUGUUUGAACCUACUGGCUUUCAGAGGCAAAACAGUUCUCCGGCUGAUUUUCUGGGGAAUAAUUCCGGUGCUGCCUCUGAUGCCUACUUCUCAAACUUUGGAAUUCCAGCAAAUUAUGACUAUUUAUCACCAAAUAUCGAUGCUUCUCCCUCGAGUAAGCGGGCCAGAGAACUUGAUACGCAGUACCCGCCAACAAAGUUUCAGUCUCAGUUGAAAGGAGAGCAACGUGGUCAGAUUUCUAGUGGGGUAUCUAAUUUGAUAGAUGUGGAUAUGGAGAAGCUUUUGGAGGAUUCAGUACCAUGCAGGGUCCGUGCCAAGCGUGGCUGUGCUACUCAUCCUCGGAGCAUUGCAGAAAGGGUUCGGAGAACACGAAUCAGUGACCGUAUCAGAAAGCUUCAGGAGCUUGUACCCAACAUGGAUAAGCAAACAAACACUGCUGACAUGCUAGAUGAGGCAGUAGAGUAUGUUAAAUAUCUUCAGAAGCAGAUUGAGAAGAACAUGGUAUGAGGUAAAGAAAUUUCUGACUUGUAUGGUGAUUCUUAGAAUUUUGGAUGGUAACUACAAUUCUCAUCUUAUUUGGUCUUUAUUUAUGUGUCUGCUUUGAAUAUAAUGUAUAUAGCAUUGGGUAAUAGAGUUUUUUUUUAAUAUUUUAGAUACAAUGCUGUAUGUCUAUUCAUAUUAGUUUUACUUAGGCUGCAAAACUAAUCUCUAACACUCUUUCACCUGCUUUCUGUCAUUCAUUUUCCUCACCUGGCGGCAUCUUUCCACUUGUUAGAUCACAAAAAUGGAAUCUUUCAGUCUUGCACCCAUGGAAAAUUUUUCCUGCAAGUCCCCAGACUUCAAAGGUCACAUGAGAGUUGGAACAACACUUAUUUGGUUGCUCAGUCUGCUGAAUUCUGUUGAAUAUGGGACUGAGCAAGGCCCAGUUGUGGUUGUAAUUGUAUAAUAAUGAGAAAUCAGAUAGUUCGAUGUAUAAUUAUGAGAACUUAGUUAGAGCUUGGUCAUUCUGCUAGAAUAUAUGUCUAGAUAACCUGAUUUGGCUGAAAUUGGUUAGUUUAUUAAAGACUGCAUUUCCUAUAAUGUUUAUGAUAUAAAACAGUGAUAUUUGUGAAAUUGCAGUUAA